UAACACGUUUUCGUUUUUUUUCUAAUUAAAAAUGUUAUUUUCCCGCCAUCAGUGACAAUGAAGCCUAUAGUAAGACAGGCUUUCCUCACGGCCAGCGUGGCCAUCAACAUCAUCGCCCACGGCUGCGUCAUCGGUUUCUCCGCCGUGCUCAUCCCCAGCCUGCGCCGUCCCGAGUCACACAUCAAGGUCACGCCCAGCCAGGAGUCAUGGAUCGCUUCAAUCGUCGGUUUCGCGUUGAUCACUGGCAACAUCAUCAUCACACCGCUCAUGGACACGCUAGGAAGAAAGAAGUCGCACCUGCUGACCAUCUUUCCUGUGCUGAUUGGGUGGUUCCUCCUCGUAACAGCCACUAAUGUCGCCAGCAUCAUAUUCGCGAGGUUCCUGCAAGGCGUAGCAAUGGGGAUGCUUGGACCACUGGGCUCCAUAAUCAUUGGAGAGAUGACAGACCCAAGGAAUCGCGGUGCUUUCCUGACUUGUGUGUCACUUUCCUUAACCAUCGGAGUAUUGUCCACGCAUGCACUAGGAACGUACUUCAGUUGGCAGCAGAACGCGCUGAUCUGCUCCUUCGUGACCUUCACUAGCCUACUCCUGAUCAUAUAUAACCCCGAGUCUCCUCCCUGGCUAAUAGCUAAAGGAAAGUUCGACAAAGCUGAGAACAUUUUCUACUAUUUGAGAGGAAAGAACGGCCAACAGGAAGCCGAAUGGAAGGAUAUGUUGGACGCUCAAAAGAUGAUAAAGAGAUCUAUAGAAAGUGGCGAUAACGUGGGCUUCGGAAGGCGUGUCUCCUCCUUCUUCGGAUACUUACGUGUAACGUUGAAGAAGCCAGAAUUCUAUAAGCCCAUCAUUAUCAUGUUUCUCCUGUACACUAUGUUUCAGUUUGCUGGAAUCAACGUAAUCAGCUCCUACACCAUGGAUAUUAUACAUAAAGUGGUGGGGCCAGAAGCUAAUGCAAAAUUUUUGAUGGUAGCCUUAGAUAUAGAACGAUUAGUGUGUAACAUAUUAGCUGUAUUUCUAAUGAGAACUAUGAAACGGCGAACGCUACUAUUCAGCAGUGGAGCAAUUUGUGUUUUGUCUUAUAUAGGAAAAUCUAUGUAUGUGUUAGCUAAGCAGAAGGGCACGCUGCCUUUUGAUAACCAGUGGGUGCCUCUGGCGUUAAUAGGUUUAUACAUGUUCUCCCUGACUGUUGGUGUAUCAUCAAUACCAUUUACUUUAUCUGGGGAGAUCUUCCCGCUAGAAUACCGCGGUUUAGGGAGUGGCAUCAGUGUGCUAGCUUUGUCACUUAACUUUUUCAUUGCUGUUAAAAGUUUCCCAGUGUUAACUAAUUCUAUAGGACUAUCUGCUACUUACCUGCUGUAUGCUGGUAUUGUUACACUCUGCUUGAGUAUAUUGUAUUUCAUGUUACCGGAAACUAAGGAUAGAACUUUACAAGAUAUUGAAAAUACUUUCCGAGGUUUGUCACCGGCGGAGCGAAAGAGCGCCGAGCCCCUCAACGGCUAUCGAGCGAACGAUAUGCGGCGAUGUAGUUCCGUCAUAUUGUAUUAAUUAUUGUAUUUAUAA